AUGUUACGCCUGCGAUAUCUAUCGAUAUGCUGCAUCCUCACAUUAUGUCAGCAAGUGACGUGCCAGUUUUCGACUCCUCCUGACAGUUCCAGUGGGUCUAGCGUUAAUAAUAUUCAGUACGUUGUUGGACAACUGCUUCACCUCCAGUGGACAACGUCGCUGAACGAAACCGACUUGCUGAUGUGGCAACAAAAUGGGAGUGUCGAUCCAUACCGGAUCUUAAUCGGGACGUCUGAGCAAUCAUUUGACUGGGUUGUUUCCUAUGAAAACUUCAAUUCAACAAAUUCAACAGCAUUCAUCUUGCAAGUAUUUGAAACCGGGUCUACUUCGCCCUCGUUAACAAGUGUUCAAUUCAACAUCACCGAAUCCAAAUCCACUAGCACGACGGCUGCAUCGUUACCUCCAACGGCGACUACCACCAUCACCGUAUCCCCUGUGCCUACAGCCUCGGCCUCAACUUCAGGACUGUCCGGAGGAGCCGUCGCGGGCAUUGCCAUAGGAUCUGCUCUAGGGGCACUGGCAAUCGCUGGGCUGGUGCUAUUUGGGUUACGGAGACGUUCGCGAGAAGGACAGACGCUUACUGAGGUGAAAGAAGACACCCCUGCUCCUGUUGCUGUCAACCAGCAACCCUGGCAAGCAGAGACUGCAGAGUUGCCCCAGUACCCGGAUGGCAGGGGAAACCCUACACAUGAGCUACAAUGA